GUCGAUAGAACCUUUGUCCGCCACUAUUAUGUGUUCGUGUGGAAAACAACAUGCGCUCAGAUGGAGCUUUACUGAUAUUUAACAAGUCUGUGCUUCUUUAUCUGUCAGAUGUGUGAUAUUUAGAUGUGUUGCUCUUUACCGACAUCAUCGCAUGAUUAUUAGCUGCAGUGAGAAACACGAAAAUCCGCUUCAAACAGCAGAUAUGUGGCUAACGGGACUAGCUAGAACGCUAGCCAGCUAGCUCAGCAGCUACAGUUGUCCAAUAACUUGAUGAACAUGUGGAGACUUUUAACGCCCCCAAAAUUUACUCGUUAUGUUAAAAUAUGUUUCAGAGUAUCAAAACAGGCAAACAGCCAUAGGUGUUUUUCAAUCAGCUGCCAGUCUGAUGAAUAUAUCCGGAGAUUUAUUUCAGAGCACACAGAGAUAGUUGGGGAGCAGAGCUUGACUCCAGAGGUCAAACUGAGACUGUUCACCACAAACUGCAGGUUUUGGCGAGAAAGACCGGAGCUCUGGCCUUUUGGUGACCCGUACUGGGCCAUAUACUGGCCAGGAGGACAAGCACUCUCAAGAUACCUCUUGGAUAACCCCGGAGUGUGUCGGGGUAAGGCAGUUCUGGAUCUGGGGAGCGGCUGUGGAGCCUCAACCAUCGCUGCAAAACUAUGUGGUGCUGUUCAUGUAGUUGCUAAUGACAUUGACAACGUUGCAGCUGUUGCGACCCAGAUGAACUUUGAGCUGAAUGGUCUGGAGCCACCUGUUUGUCUGACUGACAACAUGAUUGGUUCACAAGCCAGUUGCUUUGACCUGAUCCUGCUAGGUGACAUGUUCUAUGAUGAGGCCCUUGCCACCAGCCUUCACAGCUGGUUGGACCGCUGCGUCAAAACCCACGGCACCAAAGUCCUGAUCGGAGAUCCUGGAAGGGCCCAGUUUGAGGAACACGGCAUCCGACAACUCCUGCGUCAGCUGGCUCAGUAUGAGCUUCCUGAGUCUGUCAGAGAGGAGAACUACGGUCUGACCUGCAGCCGUGUUUGGUGCUACCGUCCUGAACUCUGAGGUCCGGAGAGUCAAGUCAAGUUGAUUUUAUUUAUCUAGCCAAAUAUCACAAAUUUGCCUCAAGGGGCUCUUGUGAGGGAACUUUCCUAAAGGUGCUCAAUGUGGGUCAAAGGUGAGGUGCUGUUUAUAUGCAUGUCACAUUUAGGUCACUCGUAGACUUAGAAAUAGAAGGACUUCAGUCUCUAAAAAAUGUUUAUACUACCGUCUUUCUCUGUGGGUGAAUCACGACACCAGGGUAAAAAGUAAUGAGCCAUUGCCUAGAAGCCAAGGACAACAGAUAUGGUGCUCUGCUUCACUCCUAGAUGUUUACAGAUUGUCUACCCUUCAGAAUGUGACCUGCUAAUCCCAGGAGGAUUACAUGUACUCCUAAAUAAAAAAAAAAUUAGGAGCACACAAAGAAAUUUAGGAGCACAGUGAAAAAUGUUUAUUAGUUUAUUAACAUUUUAUUAAAUGCAUAUCUAUACUUUGUGUGUGCUCCUUCUCCUUGUGUGCAAUUAUGAUGUGAAAACCAGUGGAGGACUAUGGUAAGCAUUAGAUCUUAACAUCCAUAUUGUGGACCAAGAGGGAAUCUUCAGUAGUUCUGUAUUGUUACUCUGUACUGCUUUUGUCUUUCUCCUCGGCCAAGUUACAGUAAAUAUUCCUGCUUAAGACAUCCUGAGAUUUCCUGAGGCCUUCUUCAUCAAUAAGUUGAAUAGCUCACUAUAAUUUUACUUCACAGCUUUACAAUCCAUACAGCAUGCGACACCCUCUUUCCUAGGACCCUUGAUUUAGAUAAGAAAAAAAACCUCCCCUUUUAACCCCUUCCAGGACAAACAGACAAACAAUAGAUGUGCAUGCAGAAGAGACCAACAUAGUAAAAUUACAGAAAUGACAAUCAGGAUGAUAAAAUUAUAGAUGGAUUAAAAUCAUAUCUUCUCUGCUUUCUUGUUUGAGUGUGAUUAAUAUGUCACAUAUACUCACCUGUAGUUGUUUUUCUCAGUUUUCACUUUAUUGUACAUAGUAAUAGAAUGAGCAUACUGUGGGAAGUAAAAUGUGGCUUUACAGCUAAAACGUAUAAUAUUGUAAAAAAACAAAAAUGAAAGUGUUCCUUGAUGUGGGAGAACUGGGAACGGUUGUUGGUAUCAUUUUUCCAACCUGAUCUCACAGAAAUACGUGAGGAGGUCGUGUUCAUUUCAUGUAUUUCUGUGAGAUCAGGUUGCAUUUUUCACCCUGUGCUAGAUCUAGAUAGCAAAGCCCGUGUGUGUGAAUGCCAAUUAGAACCAGGCAUGUUGGGAGGCUUUGAGUUAUGUGACAGCCAAGCAGAUCCCACAGACUACGAAAGUUUUGUUUUUCACUUGGUUUUCACUAUAAGAAGGUACAUUUAUGAGACAACACUCAGAAACUGCUCAUUUUGCUCCUCUCUGUGUACACAAUCAAAGAAACUUGUAUUCACAGAUAUGUUUAUUCAUUUUUUUAAAAUAACCUGAAGGAGACAGAAUGUCUCUACAAUACAGAAUUUAACAACAUUUUCUCAAAGCAAUGAAUUUUGUAGUGCAGUGUUCAAAGCUAUCCAUUUUAUACAUUAAUUAUUUCACUUAUUCCUACUUCUCUAAUUUACAAAAAACAAAACAGAGUCUAGAGAUUAGUACCAACACAGAGCCCCAAAGUGUUCAAAAAUAAUUACAGAGUACAGAGAUGCUCACAAGUCUCUAAGCCAAGUCAAGUCUCAAGUCUCUCGUGGUUAUAAUGUCACCUGCUGCGUUCAAUCCAGGCUGCUUAUAACACUGCAUAGCUAUAAGGGAUUCUGUAACUGUAACCUGUAUUUCACUUACAGAGCACAACGUUGUAAUGUGCAAUGCAUCUACAACUAAUCACAGCUUUUGAACUACUGUAAGUUAACACACACCCCCAGACUCUCAAACCAGUGUAACGUUACAUGAUCAACAAUAAACCUGUUACCUUUUUGCAGUCAACGAUAAUACGUGAUGGCAGCCAGCUGGACGUAAAUGAUUACAUUAAUCAUCUACCACCCUGCCAUCAUUCAAGCAGGGCCUCAAAACCCAACUUUUCAAGCUAGCAUUCCCCAGUUAAACUCUUCCCUUCUCUACCCAUCCCUCCAUUUCACUAUUUCUUUUUUAACUACCUUUCUUUAACUUUUUCUUUUAAACAUGUAGGCUACUUCCAUUCCCUUCUCCUUUCCCUCCCUUUCUUUCUCAUCCCCUCAUUUUAUGAUUCCUUUUUAAAUAUAAAUUUCUAUCUUACCCUGUGUUCACACUGUAAAGCGUCUUUGAGUACAUGGAAAAGCGCUAUACAAGAUAAAUUUAUUUUAUUAUAUGUGACUGGAUAUUUUUUGUGGGACAAAAAUUUUGCUUUCUGUUGUCAAUUAUUCAACACAGAUUUUAACCGUUCUUCCAUAAUAAACAAACUGUUCCUUGUGCAAGAUUUAGUGUCUAGAUGCCUGAGACAUGCCUCUUUUAAAUCUCUUCUCAAAUCUCACUAUUAUCGUAUGUCCUUUUUAUAAACAUUAUAUUAUUACUGUUGUAUUUUUUAAUGCUGAUUUUAUUGUUGAUUUUUUUAUUUUAUUUUCAUUUACAUUUUUAAGUAUGGAUCAUGUUUGUUUCACUGUACAGCACUUUGUAACUUGGUUUUGUUAAGUGCAAUACAAAUAAAGUUAGUAGUAGUAGUAACCAUCUCAUCUGUAAGUGGAAUGGAAGCCACUGGGUCUGUAGAGUCCUCUUCAAGACAGAACAAUGAUAUAGUGACAAAUAGCGCAGUGUGGAAUCAUCUUCAGAGACACCACAAAAUAAGCAUUUUCUGAAUUUGUUCCCACUGUGGCACAAGUUAUUGUUGUUGUCCUGGUUUGUUGAUGUUGUUUUUCACCUCAGGAAAAAAAAAAGAAUCUUAAGCGACAGAAAGUGUGGUUUUAGUAGAGCUCGUUAGAUAACCACAAUGUAAUGUAAGGGAUGUGAUAAAUAGACGAUUGCAUUCUGGUUAGUAUAAACUGAAUAAAGGCAUUUGCCAUUAAACGCCUUCUAAAGUGAAGGUUUAAAUUAAAA